AUGCUUCGACUUGGCCGUCCCCUCCAGUGUAUUCGUGGGCUAGCCUCUGCUGCUACCGCCACAGCACCUUCUCCUGCUGCAGCAAAACGUCCUGCUCGAGCGGGACCGAACAUUGUCCUCGUCGAAGCUGUAAGAACACCAUUCGUCAUGUCUGGAACCGUAUUUAGGGAUAUGUGGGCUGUCGAUUUGCAAAGAGAGGCAUUAAAAGCUUUGAUUGCUCGAACGCAAAUACCAUUCAAAGACAUUGAUCAUGUCAUCUGCGGCACAGUCAUUCAAGAAAGCAAGACGAGUAAUAUAGCCAGAGAGGCGGCUCUAGAAGCCGGCUUCCCAGACAAAAAAUUUUCAAUCCUAGUUAGGUGUUUGGCUUGCACUGCAUUGGUUGCAACGUAA